UCGGAGCAGCAAUGAAGCUCAAUAUAGAUGGCUUGCUGGUGUACUUUCCCUAUGAGUAUAUAUAUCCGGAGCAGUUUUCCUAUAUGCUGGAACUGAAGAGGACAUUGGAUGCCAAGGGUCAUGGAGUUUUGGAAAUGCCGUCUGGGACUGGCAAGACUGUGUCUUUAUUGUCCCUUAUUGUGGCCUACCAGAGGACAUACCCACUCGAACUUACCAAGUUAAUAUAUUGUUCCAGAACUGUGCCAGAAAUUGAGAAGGUGGUGGAAGAGUUAAGGAAGCUGAUAGAAUACACUCAGUCUCAGACGGGGGAAACGCUUAACUUUUUGGCGUUAGCUUUGAGCUCUAGACGGAACCUAUGUAUAAACCCAGAGGUAAGUGCUCUACGGUUUGGGAAGGAGAUAGACGGCCGCUGUCACAGUCUCACUGCCUCAUUUGUGCGAACAAAGCGUCAGGCAGACCCAACGGUUCAAUGCUGUCGCUACUAUGAGGUAAUGGUGCCAACCAAGACAUUUUCUUUUGUGACUGGGACUAGGUAA